AUGGCGGCAGCAUCGAGAACUACUCUGCUACGGCAGACGCAGCUUUUCACCUCUUCUCCGAGUCGACUGCUGUCCUCCACAACUCAACCUCUUCGCAUCCUCCGAUCGGCUCCGUCCACAUCAUCGCGGCUGUUGCUCUUGCCGAAAUGGUCAGCUGUCUCUCGAGCAGCAGCUUUCUCGACGACUACGAAAAAACAGAUCCUCCCUGCUGGUCCUCAAGUAAUCAGCGGUACAGUCAAUGACCCGGCGCCAGUCCCGAAGCCAGAUCCUCUCCACGGCAGCUAUCACUGGACAUUUGAACGCUUGCUCUCUGUCGGCUUGGUACCGUUGACCAUUGCUCCCUUCGCUGCUGGCUCAGUGAGCCCAGCAUUGGAUGCAGCCCUUAUCUUCUCCAUCAUUGUGCACUCACAUAUGGGUUUUCAAUCAAUUAUCAUUGAUUACAUUCCCAUCCAUAAACACCCGACCCUGAGGAAGACCUUCAUGUGGCUGUUGAACCUGGCCACUGUCGUCGUUGCGAUUGGCUUCUACGAAUUCGAGACGAAUGAUGUUGGUGUUGCCGAGGCAGUCAAGAGAAUCUGGCAUGCUGGGAAGAACGAUGCAACCAUUGGCAAAACAGAUGUGUCUGCACUCGGCCAUGACGGAAAGCUGAAGAACCUGAAAUAG